AUGCUACAUAAUAAUAUACUGAAACUUACGAGUUUACUAUUAUUUACGUUUACAUUUAAUAAAGUACUUGGAGAUGACGCAGUAACAACUACUCCAGCAAACAACAAUAACAAUAACAAUAAUAAUCCACAAACAACCUCAGAUGAUAAUGUAGUUAGACUUACUUUAGCACGACAAACAACUACCCCAGAAGCAAUAACCAACACUCUAACACAAACAACCACAUCUCGUAUACCCACAUCUCAAACAGCCGAAAAUAGUGCUGAUGAAGAAGUAUUUAAAAUAUUAUUAACUAUGCCAAGUGAUGAUAAUUAUUAUAAUGGAAUGUUUGGCUUUGGAGGUAAUGGAAAUGGCAAUAAUGGAGUACAACAAAUUGAAUUAAGAUUAGAUCUAAUCCAACCAGAUGUUUGGGUAAUGAAUAAUGCUUCAUUUUAUGAUUGUUCUUAUUUAAGUGAAUGGUGGGAUUCUGAAGCUUCUUAUUAUGGUAUUACAUUAGUUACAAAUUCUGAAGGGGAAGAAAGUACUGAGAUUGAUUUACCUGCAAGUAUAACCACAAUGGAACAAUAUACGGCUUCAAAUUGUGCUAGAAAUGGAAGAUAUGCAGAAACUAUACCAGUUGAUCAACAACCACAACCAACUGAUGAUGUAUUCCAUAAUGGUGAUACUAGAAUUAUUCCAUAUAUUAAUUUAAUCAAUGCUAUGGGUCAAAUAAAUACUAAUAAUUUUUCAUUUAAUAUUACCAAUGGGAAUUUAGUUCGAAUUGAUCAAUUUACAUUUGUAAAUGUAAAUGAUACAAAUAUGUAUGUUGGAGGAUUAGGUCUUGCCGGUAAUCCAUCAAAUUCAGGAUUUUUAUAUUCUUUGGUAGAUCAAGGAAUUAUCCGGUCUCCAGGUUAUUCAUUAUGGUUUAAUAAUCAGAGUGAUUGGCAAAAUGCCCUUGGACAAUUAAUCCCCGGGGUUGUCAAUAAGAAAUAUUAUAAUGGAGAUUUAGUAGCUUAUGAUAUGGUUCAACAACAAGGUACUAGAUAUCCACCUGAUUUAGCUGGGACAGAUUCUGAAUUAAAUGAAUUAAAUUUACCUAUUGUUCUGAUUUUAGAUUUAGUGGUUGAAAAUGAAAGUACUGGACAAACAAUGAGUAUGAAAUCAAGUGAUGAUCCAUUACCGGUAUUAUUAGAUAGUAGAAGUUUUUAUACUUAUUUACCGUUGGAUAUUAUUAUUAAUUUAGCAAUUCAAAUGAAUGCUUAUUAUUCAAGUGAAGCUGAUCGUUGGUUAGUUGAAUGUGAUGUUAUCCUGAAUAGCACAGCCGAUUUGAAUUUCCAAUUUGGGGGAGGAUUACAAGUUAGAAUCCCAUUGACUGAAUUUAUAACUACAGCAGUAUAUGAAGGCAAAACCCUUAAUUUUGAGGAUGGACAACAAGCCUGCUUUUUGGCAAUGAGUCCUACUUCCAAAACAGGAUAUAAUUCCCUUGGAUUACCUUUUAUUAGAAGAAUAUAUCUUGUUGUCGAUAAUGAAGGACAAAAAAUCGCCAUGGCAAAUUCAAACAACUACCUUCAAGUCGAUAGACAAGACCUUGCACCAGAAGUAACUAGAGUGACAACACUCAAUCAAACGGCAGUUUCCAUCUCCCUUGCGACCGCAUCUAGUACUCGAACCGGUGGUAGUAAUUCAAGUACAAGCAUGACUGGAUCAAUUGCCCAGAUUGCAUUCAAACAAAUCCCAUUUGCAACCACCUAUAGUCAAAACAGUAGUGAUAGUAGUGUUAUAUUUUCAUUCACAUCCGUAUAUGCUAAUUCAGAUGAUGGGGCCGAGAAUUUGGAUAGGAUACCUGCAAGAUUAAGUGGUGCUAUGAUUAGAAGUGGAAGUAUUUAUUUAACUGGAGUUGGUGGAGGACUGUUGACUACUACUACUACUAUUCCUGGUCGGGGUGCGACUGCUGCUUCGGCAAAUCCUAGUCUGACGAGAAAUAUCGGUGUCGGGAGUGCUGGAGAAAUUGGAGGGAUGAUGAGAGGAGUGUUUGAGAAAGAUAUUAGAAUUGUUAUGGGGAUAAUUGGUGGGAUCGUUUUGGUGGUUUUAAUGUAA